ACAGCAGCCACCUCACCGGAAGUAGUUCUGGCUGCGCGCUUCACUUCCGCUCCGUGUGUACAGUAGCGAGGAGCCGUACAGUGAGAGCGGGGAAUCACCAAAAAUCACGAGCCAUCAUCACCACGUCGGCCUCUGGUCGAUAAACCUUCAGGAAGGAAUCGCCAGCCUCACCACCACCAUCACCACCCAUCAUCAUCACCACCGCCACGGUCUUUGGGCGAUAAAUCUUGGAGCGGGUAUUCAGCGUAGUCACCAUCACCACCACCACCCAUCAUCACCACCGCCACGGUCUUUGGGCGAUAAAUCUUUAAUCGAGGCUUUAAAUUCGAGAUCCACGUUGCCGUCACCAUGUUCAACGUUCUGGAGCACGCCUUCCUGAGGCCGCUCUCAAGCCGCUUCACCACGCAGUUCCGCUGCUACUCUGUCUCCAUGUUCCCUGGCAACGAGCGCUCGGACGUCGAGCGUGGUGGAAAGAUCAUUCUGCCGCCAUCAGCCCUGGACCAACUCAGCCGUCUGAACAUCACCUACCCCAUGCUGUUUAAGCUGACGAAUGCUCGCGCUGAUCGCAGCACUCACAGCGGCGUGCUGGAGUUCAUCGCCGACGAGGGAAAAUGUUACCUCCCUUACUGGAUGAUGCGUAAUCUGUUUGUGGACGAGGGUGAGCUGCUGCAGGUGGAGAGUGUGAACCUUCACGUAGCCACCUACUCCAAGUUCCAGCCCCAGUCCGUCGACUUCCUGGACAUCACCAACCCCAAGGCCGUGCUAGAGAACGCUCUGCGCAACUUCGCCUGUCUCACCACCACUGACGUCAUCGCCAUCACCUACAACGACAAGGUGUAUGAGCUGUGUGUGAUGGAGACGAAGCCAGACAGGGCAGUCUCCAUCAUCGAGUGUGACAUGAACGUUGACUUUGAUGCCCCACUGGGAUACAAAGAGCCAGAGAGAGUGGCGAGACAGGAGACUACGGAGGUGAGACUCACACACACACACACAGACUCACACACACAGACUCACACACACACACAG